AUUUUGUAUUGCACCAUGGGGAACCAUGUUGGAAGAAGAGACCAUACUGGUGAAGAUGCGGCAAAGAAUACAGAAAACCGAGUAGUAGAAGAAGAGAAGCCUGUAAGUGAAGUGGCAGAUCCGGCCCCGGAAUGUGAUGAUAAUGAAGUGUUUGGCUGUUUUCAAGACCGAGGGUGGGUACCCUCUCUCCAGAAGACGCAAGCAGAUGUGAACCAGAACAAUGGCACCUCAUCCAAGGGCACGGCGGUGACUGACUCCACGAGCACAGAAGACCCCAAGAAUGAUUGGAAGGGUGCCAGCCCAGCUGACGCUGCCUCUCGCCCACAUUUGGUCCGCCUCUUUUCCCGAGAUGCUCCUGGAAGGGAGGACAACACCUUCAAAGAUCGGCCCUCUGAGUCAGAUGAGCUUCAAACCAUCCAAGAGGACAGUGGAUCAACUUCGCCAGAAACGGAUUUGAUGGCCUCACAGAAACUGUCUCGUGCUCACGGAUCAAAACAAAUGGCAUCAGCUAGCACUUCUGACCGCUCUAGACAUGGCUAUGGAGCCCACGGGCGGUACAGGGACUCGGGUCUUCUUGACUCACUGGGCAGGUUCUUUGGCGGUGACAAGCAUGUUCCCAGGAAGGGAAAGGAUGUCCACCUGUCCAGAUCAAGAAGCUACCACUCAUCCUCUCCUCAGAGAUCUUACCAGAGAUCUCACUAUGCCCAUGGCAGACAUGUUGAUGAUAACCCUGUUGUCCACUUCUUCAGGAAUAUUGUGACUCCCAGGACACCCCCUCCUUCUCAACCUAAGAGAGGAUUGCUCCCCGCCAGAUUUAGCUGGGGAGGUGAAGGGCACAAGGCUUGCUAUGGAGGAUCCAGUCCCAGGUUCUUCGACCACCACAAAUCUUAUCAUAAGGGAUACAAGGAUGUACACAGAGAGGGCCAAGGAACCCUUUCCAGGAUCUUUAAACUGGGAGGACGAGACAGCCGGUCAUCUUCCCCCAUGGCUAGGCGCUGAAGCCUCCAAGAUGUCUACUCCAAGAGAUACACCCGCCACUGUAACCUGAAGUGCCAUUAGAAAUAACAUUACUACUCUGUAUAACACUCACAGAAAUAUAAACAAUCUGUCAGGUAGAGACCGAGAGCUGUGACUGCAGUUAGUUUGUGUUGCCAGUACCUGAAUAAACAGAUAGUCGAUUCAUAGAAUGACAGAAAAAACACAGUGAUGGACUCUGCUGUCUAGGUUCUAAUCCAACAUUAAUACGGUCACAAGGCCUCAGAUUUCUUUUUUCUUUGAUUCCUUUAGCAUUGCACCAUUGAUAUGCAAUGCAAUGUGUUGCCUGGCCAGCCAACAUUGGAGAUAAAUGAGAAGCUAACAACCAAAACUUACAUUUUAUGAGGAGUGAUUCUUGCUGCUUUGGUUUCUAUGGUGGUGCUUUUUAUUAGAUAUAUAUAUAUAUAUUUUAUUUUUACUUUCAAUAACAUCCAUUCUCUCUCAUAUGCAUGUUUUUCUUUCAUACUAGGUAGAGACAGCAGUUCUUGGGGGUAGUUGGGCAAAAGGCAAUUUAGCAUGUGGAAAGGGUGCAUGGUACAGCUCAUUGACUUGAGGUGAAGGACAUUGGAUAAACAGGUACACAAUAGAUAGUCUAGCUGUAAAGCUCUGUCCUUGCCGUAUUAUGGGAGGAGAGAAAUUGUGAGAGAGACUGGGUAUUUCGGAAAGUCUAGAAAUAUCCUGGGUACUGUGCACACAUACAGAAUAAACUGCUUCCUCCUGUCACAACUCUGGCUUAUAUCCUUACCUAUAGUCUGGAAACAUUACACAAGAAUGGCAAAAAAAAGGGAGUAAUUGAUUCGUAACCUUCGGGUUACACUGGUGUAUUACUGAAGAAGUAUAUUUUAACUAACUCCUGUACUUAACAUUAGACAGUUAACAGAUGAUCAUUAAUGACCUUCCUAUAUUGAGGGCACUGGAAACUACAGAUGCACCAAAUGGCUCUUCUGAAUUGCACUGUUUUAUUUUUCUCUUAAUGAAGUAAACUGUACAUUAUAAUGAGCUUUAUUUAAUGGGCGCUCUCUUUAUUCUCCAGCACAUAUCAUGGGGGAGGUUACACUACACCCAUGUUGCUUGUUCAUUAGUGUCACAACUUAAUAGCCCUGAUGUAUCAAUCUGUCUGAGACAGAAACUGGAAUGAUUUUCCCAACCAACCAAUCACAGCUUAUGUUUUAUAUCUUAAGGAGCUCUGGUAAAAUGAAAGCUGAGCCGUGAUUGGUUGCUUGGGAAAAUCACUUCAGUUUCUGUCUCAGAGACAGAUUGAUAAAUUAGGGCCAAUGUGUUUCAGUACCGUGUACUAAUGUACUGCAUUGGAUCAUGGGGCUUCAAUAUAUCCUAUUGUGUCUGGCAGAAUCUAUACAACACACCAUGAUCAUCGCCUGGACUUUUUUUUUUUUUAUAGGUUUACACAGCAAAAAACAAAAAGUGAAUAUUAUCAUUUUAUGGUGUUAUUAAAGUUAUUGAAAUAAAAUAAUCGUAUUAGAAACAAA